AUGCAUACAGCUUAUCACGCAGCCUAUAAUUCUAUAAUAUGGGAUUCUUUACGUGCUAUUGCUCAAGUCCAUUUAAAAGAAUACGCUCAGCAUACUGUAGUUUUUCAAAGAAACACACAACAUCAAAAAUCUGUAUAUACUCGCUCGAGGCUCCAGUUCUGGGCGUCCUUGCCUGGCUUUGAAGACCUGUCGGCACGACUGUUAUCACAAACAAAGAUAAAACCAUGGUUUAAGGAUUUUCAAGAAGUCACAACCGCCAGAUACUUUUCAAUUGCUCAUUCUCUGACACUGGCACGAAUGACUAGACGAGUCGCAGAAACUCAAACAUCGCAAAAUUUUGAGGUAGUAGAAUGUAAGGAAAAUAGUUCGGAUGAAAAGACACCAGCUGGAAAUAUAUUAAAAUUUCGUGGUUUAUUAAGAGCUGGAGAACUCGCAUGUAAUCCUGUAGAAUCAAAUCGGAUACUAGAUAAAAUUUUACUGGUCUAUCAAUCAAUGCAUGAUAAUAACGGUUCUAUCACCAGCGAGGAUAUUAAUAGCCUGCUACGUACUUUGUUUAAUUUAAUGGACCCUUAUCUAAUAAUUGAGAAAUUUAAUUUAAUACGAGACCAAAUCAAGAGUGAAAAUUUCUCUUUAAGCAAUCUCAUUUCUUUAUGUGCUGAUCAAAGUAACGCGGAAGAAUUAAUAUAUGUCUUUGCAAAAAAUUCUCAGAUGGAUGCCGAUUCACUUCAGCAAAUAAUAAUGGCAUAUUUGCAAAUCAAGGAUACAGACUCUGCGUAUAAAGUUUAUCAGAAGAUGUGUCAAAUCGGAUUUCCACCAAGUUUAGAAACUUUUUUCUCUUUAGUGAAAGAACAUUUGAAUGAACGGAGAACAGAGCAAAUAUUGAAUAUAUUUAGAGAUUUUAGAUAUUCUGGAUAUAAUUUCCCACAAUGUGAAUCACAUCCAUUUUAUAUUUCAUGUUGGAGAUUAAUCAAUCAACUAUUAAAAGAUAGAUUUUUUUUGAAAGCUUUUUCAAUAUAUCGAGGGCUUCGAGAAAUCAAUCCUAAUUUACAUUUGGUGGACGAUACAUUUUCAUUAAUGGAAACUUUAUUAAAGAACAAUUGUUUUGAUGAAGCAUUUUCAAUAUAUAUGGAACAACAUACAAGAUUUAAAAAUAAAUUCAUAAACAACAUAAUCCAUAAUUUUUGUCUGUCACCUGAUUGUCGACAUGCGAUAACCAUCACCAAAAUUUAUAUAGACUGCAAUUCAAAGCAAAGUUCUCGUCUUUUAGAUGCUUGUAAAAUGGUUAUUCUUUGCUUAUCAAAGAACUACAAACUAUCUGAGAUGAUUGAUCUUUAUGAAUAUAUGAUUGACAACGGUGUUAAGCCUAAUGUCGAAACAUAUACCACGAUCAUAAAUGCUUUUGCAAAAAUUCCCGAUAUGACUCAGGCCGAAAAAUACUACGAGGAAAUGAUUGCAAACGAUAUAUCACCAAAUAAUCUCACAUAUUUGAUGUUAAUGAAUGGAUAUAUACGCGAUAAGCAAUUGGAUAAAGCAAAUGAAGUUUUUGCGACCAUAAAAAAACUUAAUCUUCCUAUGGAUUCCUCUUGGCGCACUUUGACCUACGGAUAUUUAGAGGAUAACAAUAAUCAUCUUCUGGGCUCAUGUAACAAGGUGUUGAGUUAUUAUACCAAAAAUUAUGCGCUAAUUGAUUCAGUCGAGUUACUCGAUGAAAUGCUAAAAGCGAAUAUUAAGCCUGAUGUUAUGUCUUAUUCAAUUCUUAUUGAUGGUUUUGCACGAGUACCUAAUAUCGAAAAAGUCAAUGAGUAUUAUGAGCGGAUGAUCAAUGCAAAUAUUUCACCAAAUCGAAUUACCUAUUUAUCAUUGUUAAAUGGUUAUGUCAAUGAUGCUAAAGUUGACGAAGCAUAUAAAAUAUUUCAAGAUAUGAGAGCUAAAGGAAUUCCUGCGGAUGAAAAAGCAUGCAACACAAUUUUCAAGGGAUUUUUAUUUCACCGUGGCUUAAAAGAAACGAGAUCUCUAUUAAAAGAAUUUUCCAAUCUUGGAUUUCGUCCAAAUAUCGUCACAUAUAAUAUCAUCCUUUAUCAUUAUGUGAUUAAGCAAGAUAUGCAAAGUGCAAAGGAUUUAUUUGCCAAAAUGCUGGCAAAAGGAAUAAAACCAGACGGAUAUACCUUUUCUAUCUUAAUAAACGGAUAUGUUCGUGAGGGAAAUUUCGCUGUCGCAUGGGAAAUGUAUCACGAAAUGACGAAGUUUGGUAUUGAUUUGGAUAUUGUAUUGGCUACAGUUAUAUUCGAUUUUCAAGCUGGAAAAAUGAAAAUGAAAUUAAAAGAUGCUAAACAACUCUACAGGGAUUUAUUUGAUGUUUUCGGGGUAUCUUCAACAAAGUUGAAGCCUAAUAUUGUUGCACUCAAUGCAUAUGUUACGAAGGGAUUAAAAAAGGUGAAUCAUCCUCAACAUGCAUAUGAUAUUUAUCGUGAUUUUCUGUUGGUAAUUAGUCCGUUAUUUGCAGCCAAAAAGAUAGAAUGCGGAGAAUUUGAACCACGCAAAUCAAAAAAGUAUCCUCUCUUAGAUCCUUUUUUUAAAUUAUCGUAUUUAAAACCGGAUAUUACUUCUUUCAACAUUUUUAUCGCAAAGUUCGCAUUACGAUAUAAUGAUUUGACGCGUGCUCUGAAGGUCUUUGAACAUAUAAACGAACUUAGAUUACUACCAGACGUAUUCACGUACACGAUAUUAAUCGAGGGCUUUGCAUCACGACGAAAGAUGGGAGGUGCUCUUGUUAUGUAUAAUGAAAUGAAGAGAAAUGGUGUGAAGCCAAAUGUCUAUACAUACACCAGUCUGAUUAAAGGGUGGGCGAAAAUAAACAAUAAGGAAAAGUCACAACAAAUAUAUAAAGAAAUGCGUGAUUUAGGACUAUUACCUACUAAAGGCACAUAUUGGGCUUUAAGAAGUAUUAACUCCUCCGCCUCAUAUAAUAAUCUCGAUGUAGACGAGGAAUCUUCAUAUAGUAAUUUCGAUGAUGUAGACAAAGAAUCCUCAUAUAAUAAUUUCAGUGGUAAUAGAGACAAUGAAAAUAAAAAAGAAACCGACAAUGUAAUACCUAUAAAUAACAAUGAUGAAAACUGA